UCCUUACAAACUGAAGAGAGUAACCAGAAAAACUACUUACAAUCCGAAGAGAAAAGCUAUGGCUCAACAAAACCCUGUUAAUCCGCCUAAUCAACCUAAUGCUAUAGAUAAUCUUGCGGCCCAAAUUGGGGCCUUAGUGCAGCAGAUGCAAGCUGCCCCAGCUCCACAAAUUAAUUACAAUGCACCUGCCCACGAAUUAAACCUAGUCAUGUAUCCCGAUUUUGCUGGCGGAGAUCAAGACCCAAUGACCUGGCUGGAUGAAGUAGAGAAAGCCUUCGCUGCCAAUUUAGUGGAUGAUAAUCGAAAGAUCGCCAUCAUGGUCCCUUACCUAAAGGGGUCUGCCGCGACCUGGUGGGCCACUAUGCAAAGACAGCUUAACCCGGUUAAUGUCUGGGACAAUGCAGUUAAUCCUGCUCAAAGUUUUCGACCUACUUUUAUUACGCAUUUUCGAACUCCUACUUUGGAGGGAAAGUGGUUUGCUCAAUUAGCUACGAGGAAACAGCAGCCGAACGAAGACAUAGAUGCAUAUUAUACCUCCAUUCAAGAGCUCCUGCGCCGGGUUGAAUCUGGGGGGCACCAGUACCCAGAAACUGCUAAGGCCCAAAUUUUUCUCAAUGGAUUGCGCCCUGAAUUUGCCUAUGAAAGCGCUUGUAGACAGAAUUUGUCAUACCAUCCCAUCUCACUUAGUGCUCUCUACUCCACCCAGCCUGGCCCUUAUAUACCCACUGGGGUUCAACCCCCUACCUCAACCUCUGAAUCGGCUAUCGAAAAAUUGACCGAGGCUCCUUCCUCUAACCCCCAGCCAUCUAACCAGGGAAACCCAGUCGUGUCUGAAAGCAACCAACAUACAUAUGUCAGUAUCAUUGACGAAGAUGCCCCUUUGUUUGCUGCGGGAAAAAGAGACUCCCAACGGACAAGUAGCGUUGAUCGCCCUACAAAGCGAAGAAAAGAAGGAGCAGAGGAAAUAGAACCGAAGGAGGAAACUCUGGAGCAACUUUUGGAGGAAGAAGGUAAUCAGGAAAGAAAUGAUGAUCACCAAGAGACUGUGGUCAAACCUCCUGGCCCGCUGCCUAAAGUUUCUGUUUCCAGGUCUAAACGUGUUCCUGUUGUCUGGAGGAAGCUUCAGGAAGAUGAGCUACCCCAAAUUGCAUCAUUGGUUCCCCGAUAUUCAAUUGUUUCUGAUAUACAGGACAAACCCGCCAACAUUACGUAUGGGCAGCUUUUUCGCCUCGCUCCUUCAUUGCGGGCUGACUUAGAUAAAAGUUUAAAAAAGAAAAAGGUUCCUGCUAAGCGUAAAAUAAGGAAUAACAUUAGUAUUGUUUCUGAAAAAAGAUCUACUGCGUUGUAUUGCGAUGCAAAGAUCUUAGAAUUUAAAAAAUUGGCGUCAGAGCCUCUGAGGAAGGACCACCCUACAACUGUUCGGGACCUUGUUGAAGGAUUGGAAGAAACGGAUGACGAACUAUUGGAUAGUGAUGAAGAAUACGAAGACGAGGAGUUAGAAGAAAGAAUGUAUGGAUAUUCGGAAAUUGAGGACAGUACAGCUUCAUCCUAUUUGCCUUUAUCCAGUUCCUCUGAUAUCGUGGUUUCAACUUCGUUUACCAAUAAUACCAAUCCCUCUUGUCCCCUCUUACCUGAUACGAGCAACCCCUAUAUAAUAAAAGGGUGUACCAGUAGAAAAGUUCUUGUCUCCUUACCCAAUGUAGAUAAGCUACCCUUAUUAGUUUAUCAUAGUCCUAGUUCGGACAGUUUAACCGGAAAUGCUUAUCUUCAAGACAACGAUGUUACACCCGAUCCUCGAGGAGAAACAAUUACUUUACCAAGUGGAACCGUUGGAGACCAAACAACAUCUCCAGCUUCAACAAUUUCUUCAUAA